AUGAAGGAUGAAGACCUUGCAGAAUUUAGAAUAAAGUGUGAAGAGUAUUACAAAACGAGGUCUAAUGAUAUACAACCGGUCGAUGCUUACUUUAUACAAGCUUUACCUGAAGAAAGAGCUAACUUAACUAAGAUACAGAAUGAUAUACGGAGGCAAUACCACAAUAGUGUUGCCGUAGAGAAGAAGGAGUUUUUACGUACUAUCAAAGAUAAUACGCAGUCUGUCUCAUCAGAUUAUAGAAAUGCACUCAACGGUCUGAAGGAAUUCAUCGAUAAACAUGGUACAAAUAAUCCGGGUAUCGAAAUAUUCUUGAUAUCUUUGUACAACUUCCUACGCUUACAACGUAAUCAUAAACAAAGACUUUGUUGGGUGAUCGAUGAUGGAGUAUUUACAGAAUAUGGUGAUAAUGAAUUUACUUUAGAUGCCUACAAACUAUUGAUAAGAAAAAUCGGACUAAACCUUCAAAUAGAAGACAAUGAGAAAUGUACCUACAUUAUGGCUACCAAUUUUACCAAUUCGGAAUUGAGCGCCUUAUCGAGACAAUUUCCAAGUAAAAUCAAACGUAGUAGAAGAAUACUCCAAGCUGUAGCUACAUCGGACGAAGCGGAGCAAGGUGUUAGAAAUAUCAACAAACUUGCUACCGGUAGAGUACAUAUAUCAACACAAGAUAGAGAAGAAGGAUACGAGAGCAGUUUAAUAACUGAAUUGUACAAUUAUUUCUUAGAUUUAAUCUUUUAA